AUGCACAUUCAUACAAGUCAAAUAUAUCAGUUUGAGAAAAAGAAAAAUAUUAAUAAUGAAAAUUGUCUACCUGAAACUCAGUUGCUAACUAGACAAAAAGAAAGUGAAUCAUCUGAAAUAUGUCAAAAAAGGUUAGCUAAAGAGAGGCAGGCUAAUUUGAGAAAAAAAUGA